UUUUGUGUGAACGUUUUCCAAUGUGUGGGCGACCCUGCCUCCCACCUUCUGGGAUCCCUUUGUCUCUGCUUCCUCAGUGCAGAGGGAGGAGGGUUCUGGGGUCUGUGCUACUCCCUGCUGGCCUCCAGGGCUGGCCCAUCCUGCAGGCACCCGGCGCCAGCCAGGCGGGCCUUGUGCAGAAAUGGGUGCUGGAGAUGAGCACACCGGGGAGAUGCAGGGUCAUUAUGGGGUUCUCAGACCAACAGGGGACAGCGGAGGAAUGGGAACGAAGGAGCCAUGCCUGGCGCCUGCACCCUGGGCUGUUUUCUCACACAGCCCCCCUGGGUUUCCAGCAGAGUUGUGUAGCUUCCUCCUGAGACAGCGUGCAUGGUGGGUGGACGGCUUUGGACUCACAUCACCCUCUCCCUGCAUUGUCUCCAGCUCCUUCUCAGGUCCUCCCCCAAUGUCACCUCCUCCAGGAAGCCUUCUGGGACCAUCUCAGCCCUCGAGACAAGGGCCCCUGGCUCUAGGAAGCCUUCUCAAAGUUGCUGUGUGCUUGAGGCUGACUUGCUGGCUGAGAGCUCGUGGUUUCUCCGGCCCCCUCAGACAACCAGGACGAGCUCCCCCUCUCAGAGCACUCAGUCAGGGGCACCUUCAGCAUAGGGAGACGCUCACUGGCGCUGGGCAGCAGGACUCAGACGUGGGACUUUCCUCCAUGGAGCGAAGUGUGCACACCCAGAGGCGUGCGUCCUCUUUUACCAGAUUCAGCCCUGAGCCACAGUCCUCUGAGUUUCCAUGUCGUUUGAGGAGAGUGCAGUCCCCAGGCUCCAAAACACGCCGUCGAGAUACUUCCACAGGCUCAGAACCCUGUUCAACACGGAUGAAUUGAUUUUUCACUGUGUGACAGGCAGCCCUGCACUCAGCAACUUGGAACAGCGCACUUUUGCUCAUGCACAGUUGCUGUGGAUUGGGAUUCUGGACCUUGGAGA